AUGCUCAACUCGCUGCUCUCUUCUUUAACUCCAUUCCUAACAAGUGUCGUGUCCACAGCAACCGAAGACUCGUCGUUUCCAUCCAUCACCACGUCGUCUAGCAGCAGCACUUCCUCCUUACUUCUCCUUCUCAGUCUUUCCAUCAAUAUUCUCCUUCUCACUGUUUUCCUCCUCUCUCGUUCAUGUUCCAGUCAGGGACAACCACAUCGUGCUUCUCCAUCUUCAUUCAAUCCUUCGAAACAACAAGUAGAAAAAGAACGUGCCGAUUCAUACAUUCAACAAUACCCUAACGGAUGGUAUCGUCUAUGUAAUUCGAGUGAUCUCUCUCCAGGUCAAUCCAAAUUAGUGAAUUAUUUUGGGAAAGAAUUGGUGAUUUUCAGAGGUCAGCAAUUAAGGGAGAAUGAAAAGCCUGUCGUUGGAGUGUUGGAUGCUUAUUGUCCACAUUUGGGAGCCAAUUUAGGCAUUCAAGGAAAGGUCAUUGGAAAUCAUUUACGUUGUGUCUUUCAUCAUUGGGAAUUUGAUAAGGAUGGACAAUGUGUGAAUAUUCCUUAUUCGGAAGGUUCAAUUCCAUCCUGUGCUAAAACAGGAAAUGGCUCCACUCCAUGGAUUUGUGUGGAAAAGUAUGGAAUGAUCUUGGUGUGGUAUCAUUCAGAGAGAGAACCUCCUUCCUAUGAUCCCAUUUCCAUCCCAGAUCUUGAUGUUUCACCUCAAGAGUGCAAGUAUUAUCAUUAUGGAAAUUUCGUCUAUGAAGACAUUCGAAUGAAUAUACAAGAUUUUGCAGAGAAUUCUGCCGAUGUUCAACAUUUUCAACCCUUGCAUGGAGAGAUGGCAUUGCCAUGGACAGGGCCUCGUUCCUGUAUUGGAAGAUCCAUUCCAGUGCCAUUUGUCAAAAUCAUUCAUAAGGCAAGUUUUGAACUCUCUCCCACUGAAAAACAUAUUGCCUAUUUCAAAAAUCAAGCAUGUUUAGAGGUAUUUGGAAGAAAACUCACCUCUACGAAGGUAGAUGCUCAAAUUACAUUUUAUGGACCAGGAGGACUAACCCUUUUCCAAUUCGAUGGAAACUUUGGAAGGAUUUACCUCUUUCAUACACACACUCCAACAGGUGUCACGAGUUUAGAUGUUGGAUUUGUGGCAUUUGCUGAAAAUAAGAUUCCAAGAAUGUUGGUGUGGUAUAUUGUUGGAAAUUGGGUUGCUCAGUGGCAGAAUGACAUUUUGGUGUGGGAAAAUAAGAUGUACAUGAAAAAACCAUUGUUAGUGAAGAAUGAUGGACCAGUGAUGAAAUUGCGAAGAUGGUACAAACAAUUCUAUUCGACUCAAGAAUUGUCUUACUAG